UUCGACCGAAUGCGUGUGUGGAAAAUCUGACCAUGUGACAGCUGUUACAUGGACGAGCAGCAAACUGGCACAACCCAGGUGGACCUGCGCUAUUCAAGAUCGGAACUGUUGCAUGUCUACGCAGCGCUGAAAGCACACCAAAAGCGAGCUGCGGCCUUGCCCUGUGCGCUUGCACGCGCGGCUCCGCGGGAGCCAGCGGCCGCGUUCCUGCGUCGGCUCUUUCAGGGAGUGCGCAGGCAGGAGCUGCAUGCCUGCCUGGUCAUCCAGCGGGCCUGGAGAUGCCGAGAGGAGCGGGCGAAUGACAACAAGCUGAGCUGGCCAGAACUGCUCUGUCGGGAGCACGUGGGCACAGUGCGCGAGGUGCCCAAAGACGAGAGAGGCAUCGGCUUCAUCCGGCAGAAGGCCAUCCACGCGCUCUGUGGCUACGACGUGCUCUUCACCCAGGAGCAGCUGGAAAAUGCCAAGGUGGGUAAGCAGGUGCGCUUUGAGGUGGAGCUCGACUCCAAGCAGCGGCCCCGCGUGAAGCGCUCGCCGCUGGACAUGGGGGCCUGUUUGCAGAAGCUUCAUACGGGUACGAUUUGUGACGUGGAUGCGGCCCGCGGGCGCGGCUUCAUUCACCACCAGGACAUCCACCAGCUGCUGGGCAAGGACGUGCUCUUCCGCUUCGGCCAGCUCCCAGGGGCGGAGGUGGGGCAGAGUGUCAGCUUCCGCCUGGAGCUCGAUGACGGAAAGCCGCGCGUGGCUUCCGUGCAGUCAGGCGCCUCGUUGCCCAAGUUCACCACGGAGACGCUGCUGGGAUGCAGCCACCUCGGCCUCGUGGCCUUCGGUACCGAUGGGCGCCUGGAGCUGCGGAACGCGCAGAUCCGGCGCCUCUGCGGCCGCCACGCGGUUUUCUCGCGCCGGGAGCUGGCGGGGCGCCUUGCGGCGCGACCCGGGGCCUGCGUGAGCUUCCGCGUGCGUCUGACCCCCGAGGGCCUUCCGGAGGUGGCGGAGGUCAAUGCAGACGCAGCAUGUGCACGCCAGGGUGAGCCGGACCUGGACGUGGAGGUCACUGUCCAGCUGGACAGCGGCUUCGGGCCCUUGGGGCUCUGUUUUGCCUGGGGCUUUCUGCCGGAGGUGCAGCACAUUGCGGCGGAGCUUCGGGGCUUCUGGCACGCGCGGGGCGUGGGGGUGGGGGACCGCCUGCUGGGCUUUGGCUUCGCGAGUCCGCGGCAGCUGGCGGCGCAGCUGCGGCGGAGGCCUUUGGACUUGGCUUUCCUCCGCUGCGGGGAGCGGACAUGGCCGGCGUCGGAAGGAUGAGAAGUCCACGAGACGUUCUCGGGUCCGAGGAGGAGACAGAGGCCGCUUUCUCUGGGCCAAGGAGAAGUCGAAAGCUUUUGGGCCGGAAGAAGCAGACACAUCCAGGCGCUCGUUUUGGAGGAGUCGAGAUCGAGGAUCUGGAUCGAGGGGCCCGGAAAGCUGAGAGCCUGGAGUUCGGAGGGAAGCUGGGCGGAAGGGCGCAGCAACAAGGCGAACACUUCUGACUGGCCACAGGUGUCCAAGCGGAAUCUCACGUGAGGGUCCAAAGAAAGGAAUCCACAAAUGAGUCCUGGACUUCUAGUGUUACAGCAGUGUUUGGCCGCCGGCCAAAACCUGCUCAGUCGAACGAACGCAUUUUUGAAGGCUGUCUCUGCGAAGUUGCGCAGUCUCAGUCCAAUGUGAUUUCCGUC